UCACACUCACUUCCUGUUUUCCGAUCUCCCUUGCGUUUGUGUGUCGUCUUCUCCUCCCUCUCACUGCGUAGACAAAGAAGGGAGAGAGUGGGAGAGGAGCGAGUUGGGUAAAAGCACGAGGAGCUCCAAGGAAGCGAGAACCCUAAGGUCUCUGGAAAGGUGGAAAAGGUCAAUUCUCCACUCAUUUUUCACACUCCAUGUUGCAUUCUCGCACUGCCUGUUUCUAGUAAUUGCAAUGCAAUAUAGUAUAUCUCUGAUCUUGACAUCAAGGAAACUGUUAGAUGCCAGUAAUCCAUGCUUUUGGAAGUUGAUAUAGGCCUACCGUUGAAUCUAUAGUGGGUUGGGCAUUAAACAUAUAACGAGCCUGAUUUUGUAGGCUUUGGCGAGCAUAUAGGAAGCACAAUAGUGGAGUUGAGUUGCAGGUAAUGUUAAGGAUUCGCUUGGGAUGGAUAGAUUCUCGGAACUGAAGACAGUGCUUGCUCAUCUGCCUUCUGUGAAUCACACAAUGGAUUUGCAUGGGAAUAGUGUGAAAAAUGAAGAAGGUUCAUCCAAUGCUGUGAAGACUUCAGAUUUAGAGGCUACUAUACCCAGAAAAGCAUGGAAAGGCAAGACCCCUUUCACAGAAGAGAAGGAGUUAGCACUGGAAGUCAAUAGCUUUAGGAGGACGGACUCUUACAAAGAUUGGGGGCAGUCGUCUUUCUUGGGGGCAAGUCAUCCCAUGGAACCUGUUGAUACUGAUCACAUGAAAGCAGCAUAUGUAGCAAUCAAUCAGGACGAGUCUGAAGCUGGGUGCUUGAUGAGAGGUCUGUCUGUAAAAGGCCCUUUUAUAGAAGAUAUUUCAAUUCAGGUUCCUGCAGUCAAAUCAAAUGAAGUGCUUCUAUCACCAAAAGAAAGAUCAAUCGAGGAACAAAAUGAAGUGGGCACAGAGAGUUCUUUGUUUUCUGUUCCCUGUGCAUCACAAUCAACAGAGGCGACAUGUGUAGGGCAUGAUUCUGAAGAAAAGGAGUGCGUCUGGGAUGCUUCCCUCCCCCCAAGUGGCAAUGUCAGUCCUCACAGCAGCAUUGCGAGCACCAGUGUGAUAACUGCAAUGAGUAUUGGAAACAGCUGCACAAGCACGUAUCGAAGUGAAGGAAUUACUAGUGAUGGUAUGCUCAGUGUGGAAAGGACCUGUGGAAGUGUCAAGGGAAGUGUGCGAGGGGAUUCGCUUGAGAGUGCUAAAAGCAGCGUCAGCAGAGCAAGUGAUAGCAGUGGUCUCAGUGAUGAUAGUAACUGGAGUAAUGUUACUGGGAGUGCUAAUAAGCCUCACAAGGGGAAUGAUUCAAGAUGGAAAGCUAUUCUUGCAGUUAGGGCUAGGGAUGGUAUUUUGGGGAUGAGUCAUUUUCGACUUCUCAAACGGCUUGGUUGUGGUGAUAUUGGUAGUGUUUAUCUGUCUGAACUGAGUGGCACAAGAUGCUACUUUGCAAUUAAAGUUAUGGACAAGGCAUCAUUGGCGAGCAGGAAGAAGCUUACAAGGGCUCAAACUGAAAGAGAGAUUCUCCAGCUUCUGGAUCACCCGUUCCUGCCGACUUUGUACACACACUUUGAGACUGACAGGUUCUCAUGCUUGGUGAUGGAGUUCUGCCCUGGUGGUGAUUUGCACACACUGAGACAGCGCCAGCCUGGAAAGCACUUCUCUGAAUAUGCAGCAAGGUUUUAUGCUGCGGAAGUACUACUGGCCCUUGAAUAUCUCCACAUGCUUGGAAUUGUGUACAGAGAUCUGAAGCCUGAAAAUGUGCUUGUUCGUGAUGAUGGCCACAUAAUGCUUUCAGAUUUUGAUCUAUCAUUAAGGUGUGCUGUCUCACCAACACUAAUAAAAAUAUCAUCGUUUGAUUCUGAUUUUUCCAAACGGUCAGCUGGAGCAUUUUGCAUCCAGCCAGCCUGUGUUGAGCCAUCAUCAGUCUGCAUUCAGCCUUCAUGCUUCAUACCAAAAAUUUUCCCACAAAGAAACAAGGAAAAGGAAAGGAAGCCAAAGGCCGAAUCGAUGCACCACUCUUCCGCCCUGCCUCAACUUGUAGCGGAGCCAACAUCUGCCCGGUCAAUGUCCUUUGUUGGGACCCAUGAGUAUUUGGCCCCUGAAAUCAUUAAGGGAGAAGGCCAUGGAAGCGCUGUGGACUGGUGGACGUUCGGCAUAUUACUGCAUGAACUCUUGUAUGGAAAGACACCUUUUAAAGGCUCUGGCAAUAGGGCAACAUUGUUCAACGUGGUCGGCCAGCAGCUUCGGUUCCCUGAAACCCCAUCAACUAGUUAUGCAAGCAGAGAUUUGAUAAGAGGGCUUUUGGUUAAAGAGCCCCAGCAUCGUCUGGGCGUGAAAAGAGGAGCUACCGAGAUAAAGCAGCACCCUUUCUUUGAAGGUGUGAACUGGGCGCUCAUACGAUGCAGCACACCACCGGAGGUACCGAGGCCUGUCGAGAUGGAACUUUCAUUGAAGUUUGGGGUUGCAGAAGGUGUGGAGAGUAGCAGUAAGAGGAUGCUAGGGGCAGACAUGAAAUCGGGAGGAAAGUACUUGGACUUCGAGUUCUUUUAGGGGGACUCUAAUUGUAGCUUAUGAUUCUCUCUUCAUGUGUUGAAUUCUACUCCAAUCUUGCUCAUCAGUUAAUAUACAAACUCAGAUGAAAUUCCCUGGUCCUGGAAGAUCUCCAUCAUUAUUUUGUCUGCUUGAGGCUUGCAAUGGUCACAUACAUUGUAUUUGGAGGAUCUUUGCAUUGUAUCAAUAAACUAUUGAGUUGGAUCUGUUCAGAUUCAGAUUGUGUUGAUUUUGACAGAGGUUGGUCAUGGAUCCCAGCGCUUUGAAACUAUACAUCCAGAGUGACCUUCCAUGAUCGAAGGUUUGGAAGAUUAAAAGUUGCAGUGCUUCCUUUAGAUUUGGAGUCCGUUGAUGGAGAGCAUCCAAAGGCCAGAGAUGUUGGAUAUGUUUUUAGGGGUCUCAAUUUAUGUCUUCAUAUUGGUAAAGGAACCUUUUUAUUAUUAUUAUUAUAAAUGCCAUGUGUGCUAUGUGCACGAGAGGCUAUACAUAAAUGUCUCGUCCUAGUCACAGAGAUGGCAGACUGUUCAAUGCUCUGUCUGAACUGUUACUCCGCCAGUCUAUUUUUUCGGUAAAAUAUUUUUAUUUUUAUUUUUUCA